AUGGAACCAGUGUAUCAAUAUUCCCUGAUAUGGUUUAUUAACUGCUAUGUCCAGUCUCUUGCCAAUAGCAGGAAAAGCGACGUUUUGGAAGAAAGGAUUGACUUCAUAAUUGAACAUUUCACAAUCAGCAUCUACAAUGACUGCCGAUCCCCGUUUGAGAAGGUCAAACUUCUUUUCUCCUUCCUUCUGGCUAUGGGGAUCAUGAAAGGGAGAGAUAAGAUUGAUGCUGAGGUCUGGUGUUUCCUACUGACGGGUGAGGUUGUGCUCAAGAACCCGGAUGCGAAUCCUGACCCAGAGUGGUUGUCUGACAAAUCAUGGGCUGAAAUUGUGCAUUCCUCAGGGCUGAAACACUUGCAUGGGCUGUUGCAUCAUGUGGAGUCCAAUGUUGUGGAGUGGAAAAUGAUUUAUGGUUCUGCCAAACCUCAUGAAGAAGAGUUUCCUGGUGAAUGGAAUCUGGUCACAGGUCUUGACCGCAUGGUCAUCCUCUGA